UCAAUAAUAUAACAUUUUCAUCACUACGCGAGUUGCCAGUCAUGGUGUGCUAUCAUGAUGCUCCAUUUUACUUCUAUAAAAUGCCUUUUUUUAGUACAUCAUCACUCCAAAUCUAUCAUCAGCAACAAACUAAGCAAGCAACAAUGGCCUUGUUAGACCAGAGCUUCUUUCAUUACAGCCUCCUAGCUUACUACCUCCUAGGACCCCCUACCUUCAUUGCCCUAAGGUUCUUUCAAUUCCCAUAUGGCAAGCACAACCGUCUAGGAUGGGGACCUACAAUUUCUCCACCUUUGGCUUGGUUUAUCAUGGAAAGCCCCUCCACUUUGCUCCCCCUCAUCCUCUUUCCCUUUGGCCAACACUUCACAAAUCCCAAAGCUCUAGUUCUCAUGUCUCCUUAUCUCAUCCACUACUUCCACCGCACUUUCAUCUACCCGCUUCGCAUUUACCAACGUACCUCUCAACAGAAUACCAAAACCACUAUUGGUUUCCCGUUGAUUUUGACCUUUAAUGGAUUUUUGACUCAAGCAUUGAAUACUUACAUACAGGCUAGGUGGGUUUCUCAUUAUAAAAGUGAUUACGAUAGUGAUGGUGGUUUGUUUUGGUGGAAAUUCUUUGGUGGAUUGGUGGUUUUUCUGUGGGGCAUGAGAAUUAAUAUGUGGGCUGAUACGGCUUUGUUGGUUUUGAAGAGUGAAAGUGGUGGAUAUAAGGUGCCAAGAGGAGGGUGGUUUGAGCUGGUAACUUGUCCUAACUACUUUGGAGAGAUUGUGGAGUGGCUUGGAUGGGCAGUGAUGACUUGGUCAUGGGCUGGGUUUGGUUUUUUCCUCUAUACAUGUUCUAACUUGGUGCCUAGGGCAUGUGCCAAUCACAAAUGGUAUUUGCAGAAGUUUGGAGAGGAUUAUCCCAAGAAUAGAAAAACAGUGAUCCCUUUCUUCGUUUAGUUAUUGAUAGAACUGCGUAGAAGGAAGAAUUUGAAGAAGAAGAAGAAGAUAUUAUUAGCUGUUAUGUUAAUAUAUAUCU